AUGUCGACUACUCGUUCAGCCUCUGUGAAGCUUGCAGCCUGCUCUCACACCAUCAUUACGAAUCCCGAAGAAGGCGAUCGGUACAUGGCUUACAAGCCUGUAUGGAAGGUCAAGCCAGUCUGGGCACCCGGCGAUGAGCCGAACGAAGACCAAAUGAGGAACCUUGCGUCCUUGGCGGACAACAUCAGUAGAUCGUAUUGGAGGUCUAAUUGGGAUAAUGAUUGGUCACGUCGAGACGCACCGACUAAUCUGUCUUUCUGCACUAUUGAAGCGUUUGAGCAGCAACAAGGGCACCUAGAGUAUGACACCAACGAUAAGCUUUCUGUAGCUUGUGACCUGGCCGAAACGGACGAAGGUAGGAGGAAUGCCACGGUCAUUUACCCCGACUUUGCGGCCUACAGCAAUACUUAUCCAGUCACGGAUUACAACAACACCUUGAUCUUGGAUCAGGCGCAUAUGACCGCAGAUCUGGAGGCGAUGUGGAGUAGGCAUUUCUCGAGAUACAGAGUAGUCGAUCAGUAG